ACGAUACAUCCGGACGAUCCAGGAAGUAGGAUCGUUUUUGUCGAGCUCCUUGUUUCGUUAUUAGAUUAGUUAAAUAAGUUGUUAUAUUUAGCCCACGAUAGAAAUAAUACACAGUAAAAAAAAAAUACAAAUAUUUAGAGCUCAUAAUAUUAAGGUAAACACAUCUAUACACAGUUAAGGUGAUUAAAAACACGCCGGUAAAAACAUGGACUCGGAGUACAUAAAGAGGCACUUGGGUAAGUGUCUGGCCGACGGGCUCGCUGAGGUGGCCGAGCAGCGGCCCGUGAACCCCAUCCAGUACCUCGCCCACUGGCUCUACAAGUACAACUCAAAUGUUGAAUAUGAGACGGAGAAAAAGGCCACCAUGGCGCUCCUGCUGCAGGAGCAGGCGAAAGCCAGAGAGGAGGCGUCGCACCAGGAGAAGCUGAGGGAGGAGGAGCAUCAGAUCAGUGAGGUCUUGGACGAGUCCAAACCAAAACAAAAUCAACAGAUUUCUGAGAAGCACGAUGGGCCCACGUCAGCCACAACAGGAGCCCCUGAGGACAACAAGCCCGGGACAGGAGAGGAACCAAAAGCCUCUGAUCCAGAAAACCAGCAGGACGCGGACGAAGCUCAAACCGAAGCACAGGAAAAGGACACUGAACCGCAGGCCCUCGGCACCGAGGUCAAACGGGAGUCCGCAGAAAUGCCCGUGGAAAAAAACAUAGCGGAGGAAGAGAAAACAGAGGUGAAGCCGAGUGACGGUGGCGUGGAAGAGAAAACAGAGGUGGAGCCGAGUGACGGUGGCGUGGAAGAGAAAACAGAGGUGGAGCCGAGUGACGGUGGCGUGGAAGAGAAAACAGAGCUGGAGCCGAGUGACGGUGGCGUGGAAGAGAAAACAGAGGUGGAGCCGAGUGACGGUGGCGUGGAAGAGAAAACAGAGGUGGAGCCGAGUGACGGUGGCGUGGAAGAGAAAACAGAGGUGGAGCCGAGUGACGGUGGCGUGGAAGAGAAAACAGAGGUGGAGCCGAGUGACGGUGGCGUGGAAGAGAAAACAGAGGUGGAGCCGAGUGACGGUGGCGUGGAAGAGAAAACAGAGGUGGAGCCGAGUGACGGUGGCGUGGAAGAGAAAACAGAGGUGGAGCCGAGUGACGGUGGCGUGGAAGAGAAAACAGAGGUGGAGCCGAGUGACGGUGGCGUGGAAGAGAAAACAGAGGUGGAGCCAAGUGACGGUGGCGUGGAAGAGAAAACAGAGCUGGAGCCGAGUGACGGUGGCGUGGAAGAGAAAACAGAGCUGGAGCCGAGUGACGGUGGCGUGGAAGAGAAAGCUGUAAUCCCCGAUGAGGCAGAAGAGAAAGAAGUUGACGAAGAUAAAGAGAAGGUGGUUGAUGAUGAAGCUGACGAAGCUGAAGCAACUGAAGCGUUACGCUUGACUCCCGGCCGAGACGCCGACGACUCGAACCCAGAAGAGCUACAGGACAAACGCAGACCUGGUGACCCUCAGGAUGCAGACGAGGUUAAUGGAGGCCGACGCUCAACCGAGAACACCCACAGCUCGGCUCCAGCUGACAGUGGCGUAACCGCAGAGGGGACAGCGGCGUCCGGCGAGAGGCCGCCAGAGGAACCCGAAAACCCUCCUCGCGGCGAAGAGCACGUCCAGGAGAAGGAAGAAGAACAAGAAGCAGACCUUUAAUGUAGUUUGAUGUGAGAAUGGAAUGAAUAAACAUUUAUUUACCAAUACUUCUAUGUAUUAUUCUGUUUGAUUAAAUGCAUUUUUAAACAAGA